UUGGUUGCAGUGUUGCUGCAGCAUUCUCCAAUUCACUUUUGAGAACCACAUACCACACAUGACCAGAUCUUAAUGAAGCACACUAACAUGGAUGAGGGACUCAAACAUGAGAAGAUGGCUCAAGUGUUGAAGACUGAGCAAGGGAGGCCUCCCUCUCCGAGACCAGCGGUUCUGGCCAACCAGUGGGACUCUGUGGAGUCGGACACGGAGAGCUUGGCCCAGGAGAGAGCUUACCACCAGCAGCAGCAGCUACAAAUGCCUACUGGGUGCCAUGACCAACACAAAUACAUUCUUCCUCAGAAGGAGAAUGCUGACAGCUUACAGCAGGGAGAUGGAGAGGAUCAAUAUGCAAAUGAUGAUGAAACUGAAGCUCUUCAGGUUUGUGAUAGCCUUGAUGUAGCAGCACACCCCCAUGCCAACAGGAACCCCACCCUGUCACAGACUGAAUAUUUGGAUACACAGAUGGAUGAAAGAGAAGGAACGAGCCAGCUGCUCACUGAUGAUGUCUACUCUGAGCUACGCUAUGACCCCAACUGGAGGACCAACCUGAGGGGAGCCGGCCGCUUCAAUGAGAGUCCACGGACAUCUGUCGAGGAAUAUUACCAAGUACCUAAAGAGAAAUUUAGACAGUCAAGUGGUGACAGCCAAGGACUCAGAAUAAAAGCAGGAUACAGAUACAUCAUCGACACAAGUCCAGCUGCUGUGGUGACUCCUCAUUUGACUGCCGAUGAGUCUGACCAGCCGUACCGCCUACACCCACAACAUGGUCAGACUAGUUCAGUAACAUCUCCCCACUGUCACAACCACGCUUUACAACUUGGAUCACCAGAGGCUGACUAUUCAAAGCCAUCCUGCAUUUUUACUAAAGAUGACAGUGACAAGCGUUCACUAAAAGGAUUCAAAAAGAUGCAUGGGAAUAACUGUGACAAUGCUGGGGAAUACAGCAGGUCUCCUGAGCAGCCCAAGGAUAUACGUGCUAUGUCCAAGAACAUCCAAGAACGCACACAAGGGGGACCCACUCAAAUACAGCAAAUGAGCACAUCCAUAGUUCCCAAGGUUUUAUUGAACAAAAAGCUCGAAAGACUGACCGAGGACAUCGUGGAACGCAACAAAAUAACCCUGGGGCGCAACACAUCCAAAUGUGGCUCCUAUGUAAGUGUGCAUGCACUUAACCGGGAGAUGCCUCAUCAUGUCAAUAAGGGGCAUGGAACUCUGAAGAAGACAGCCAGCGCAGAAAGUCAAGAGGACAGUUCAGACCCCAAGCCAAAAACACAGCAGUUGAGGGUCACCCAGAUCAGUGAAGGGAAGAAAGCCCAGCGGAAAGAAAACCCCAACUGCCCUCCACAGCAGCAGCAGACCCCUGCCCUGGGGGUCAGCGCUGAGUGGGGGGGCCGUCUGAGCUUCCCAUUGGCAAAACCAGCCGCUGCAGGUCAGCCAAACCCUCAGAAGACGACUUCUUCACAGCCUUUGGUCCCCAACAUCCACCUCAACAUCAACCUCAACACUUCAUCCCAUCUCCUUCCGUUAAGCCAGCAGAGGGGCCAGGAAGACAUCAUCAGUUUAGCGUCUCUUCAUGCUUGUCCUAAUUGGAGCCCUGCAUCUGAAGUUGAACUUGCCCUGUCCCCUGGAUAUCAACUAACAAUUCCAGGAAGGUCCUCCCAGACCUCUCAGAAAGGUGUAAGCACACAUCUCCACCACCAAAACCUGGAGAGUAGCCCCGAACAAUGGCAAAGGACAGCUGCGUUGAAGUGGCCAUUAUCCUGUGAAGGGGAGGACCAGAAGUGUCCAAAUGAGGUUCAAACGAAGCAGUUUCCACAAAACCUCCCCAGGACACCCACCACCACUUUUUCGGGCUCCUACACAGUUCUGCCCCCUAUAACAGAGUCAAUGGCAGGAAAAGAGCCUGAGCUGAGCCCUGGUGUGAACACAGCCUACCCCAUCCAUAGAAGCAGCUCUGAUGGCUACCUGGGUCAGAUGGAGAAACAGAAGCAGCUGAGGACCAGAGUCACUUACAAGGCGUACAGUCUGAAAGACUACAAGCAGCUGAAGUCCGAUGUGAAUCUGCGAGGCCUGGGCCCUGACUACUCGGCCAUUGAAAAGACAGCUGAGAAAAUGAAACGACAGAAGCUGUAUUCAAAUGUGAUCCGCGAGCAGAACAAAACCAUUAGUAGGAUCCCCUUUCUACUGGCCAAGGACCCGGAAGGCAAUGACAAGAAAGUUCCCAGGAUGAAGGCCUUGGAAUAUGCCAAGACCAUAGCCAAACCCCCUGUACAGGCUCAACCAAAACAGAGACCCAAACACCGGUCUGAAGGCUUCACUGAGCCCGCUCCUUACUUGGAGGACUUGGACGUCUCCCAGCUGGCCACACUGGAAGUCCUUAGAAAACGGCAUGAAGAAGAAAAGCAGGCUGUGGCACUCUUCAGAAAAGUACAUGCUGUCUGAGGCAAGGUGCAAUCAGUCCAUGGAACCUGCGCUCUCAUAGAUAGCCACACUCCAAGAUGUAGGAAACUUGUUGCUGCCUUAUUAAAUUUGCUAGGCCUAGUAUCACAUCAGCAUUCAUUACCACAUACAUUUUUUACACAUUUUUCAAAAUAAUUACGAAAAGAUGAAGCAGCAUCUGUGUUACUUUUAACAUUGUGUGUCACCAGGUCAGAUUUGACAAGAAAUCCACUGGCUCAGUUAUUUCUAGUGUUUUCUCCAUAGAUGCCAGAGAAUAGGUUUACAAUGGUCAUUUUGUAGCUUGGAUUUGGGAUUUGUGCUUGCUUAAAUCUUGGAAGUUAAUGGAGCCACAAAAUCUCACAACUGCCACCAAGACACAUAACACACAGUGGAAUUAACGACUGAGACCCUAACUUCUUGACGUGUACUUUAAAAAACAGACUUUUACUGUAUCGAAGACUUUUUGGAACUGGUAUUGCCCGUUAAAGGAACUUCAGUUUAAAACACGUUGGCAUUGGCUUCACCACUCAGCUGUAGCUACUGGUUCCUGCUUCUCCUUCACAGCGCUGCGAUCUUUGUAUCAUUACUUGUCUCCAGCGUAGGAAUGGACUAUAGUUUAGAGUUUGAUUUAGUCUGUUGAUUGUUGUAGCAGCAGCAGUGUUUAAUGGUACUGUCAUGCAUGAUCAGGCAAUGUUGUGCUUUCACUCCUUGAGUACAGUAAUCAUGUUUAAUGACAUUCUCUCCCUGACUGUGCACUUGAAAUUGCUAUGCACUGCUGCAAAAAUGCAAAAUAGAGCUUUUUAAACAAUCUUAAUAUGAUCUUCUCUAUAUGUAACAUUACUGGUUUUUAAAACAUGUAGAGCGUGUGCCCCAUCUAGGCUGAGUCCUUGGCCGCGGCCCUUUGCUGUAUGUCAUCCCCCCUCUCUCUCCCCAAAAGCCCAAAAAUAUAAUCCUAAACAUGUAAAGCACCCUAACAAAUCAGUCAGAGUUAUUAGAGUCGCUGUGUACCUGAGGCAGGCUGAACAGGUAGUUAGAUAUUUUAGAAAGCUGCACGUCAGUAAAAAUACAUUGAAAUUUUAAGGUACUCAUUAUGUUGUCUGAUGUGACAAAUCCUUUUCACUUAUUGGAAAAAAAAGCUAUAUUAAAAAAAGUGUGUGCAUGGGUCUGAAAGGGAACAGGUGGAUAAACAAAAAGAAGAGUCUUUGCACUGUGGACUAUUACAUUAAACCUGAUGUUCUUGAAUUCUUCUUCAGCUUGCUAAGAUGAAUAAUGAAGCAGCUGUAGCUCUUAAUUCUAAAUCAGUCCUUCCUGUUGUAAUAUAUUUACACACACACACACACACACACACACACGCAGUAACCAUAUUAUCCUUAGAUUUGUAUGCAGUUCAUUAUAUUGAUUUAAGUAGUUGUACUUAGGCAAUAUUAUUGUAUAUAUUUGAAAUGAUCAGACAUAACUGUAUGCAUGUACUGUAUCUGCUCAACAGACAGAUAUUAAACUGUGUCUCUCUGACUUUGUGUUUGCGGCAAGGAUGAGGUGAACUUCACUGGAGACCUGUUGGCCUUAAUGAAAUGAAGUGGUCGUAGUAUGUCAACAUGAGCAAUCCUAGAACCAGUCUACUUUCAACUAUCCCACACCACUAGCUAAUGCCCACCCUCUCUUUUUCAUGGAAGACACAGGUGAUUCCUGUAUUGUUAUUUUAGCCACAUUAUAAAUGUGUCUCCUCUCACCCAAUUGCACAUGGUUACACUGUUUGAAUAAAACCACACACUCUUUGUUG